CAUAAUUGAGAUGGAAACGACGUCGUUUGUAAAUUCGUAGACUAGUCGAAGUAAAAUAAUAAUAAUAAUAAUAAUAAUAAAUAAAACCUUCGAAAUGGCUUCAUUCACCGGCCGGGGAGGGAGCUCCGCACGCACGGCACGUACCACAGCUACACGCUCCUCCUGUCUCAGGGGUAGACACUCCGAUCUUUCUUUUCGCUAUCGCCGGCGAUUCCACCAUGGCUGCCGACUUGAGGUACGAGAUCUCACAAAACGCCUACAUCAAGCUCGUUCUCCAUGCUCUCAACCACAAGACGGCCGCCGUCAAUGGCGUUUUACUUGGCCGUCCCAGCCCACUCAACCACUCCAUCCUCGAGAUCACUGACUCCGUUCCUCUAUUUCAUUCCAAUCUCGCCCUCUUGCCUCCUCUCGAGAUUGCCCUCAUCAUGAUAGAGGAGCACUAUGUUGCCGAGGGCAAGGGAAUUGUGGGAUAUUUCCACGCAAACGAGAGGUUUGAUGAUGCAGAGCUGGGUAUUGUGGCGAAGAACAUCGGCGAUCACAUCUGUCGAUACUCUCCUGAAGCUGCUAUUCUCUUGUUAGAUAACAAAAAGCUGGAAGCUUUACCCAAGGUGAAAGACCAGAGCCCUGUAAUGCAGCUUUAUACAAGGGAUGGAUCCAAGAACUGGAAACUGGUUGGUGGCGGCAACCGUUUGAUGGUUAAGGAGCCAGCAGCUAAUGUUGUCCUAUUGGAUUACAUUUCAUCGGAGAAAUGGCAUGACGUUGUAGAUUUUGAUGACCACCUUGACGACAUUAAGAAGGACUGGCUGAACCCAGAACUCUUCAAGUAAGAUUGAUCUCGUCUGUUCUUAGAGGUGAAUGCUCCUGGCAUGUGACUUGCAUAGGAGGACAUUAACUAGAAGAUGAGUAUGAGGGACACUGAUCUUGAAGGUCUUUUAUUAGUAUUUGCAAGGAGAUUUUGUUCAAAUGUCUUGAUUGACAUUUAAUGUGUUAAACGAAGGGAUCCAACGCAUGUUCUUCUGUUGAAACACAUGGUUUAUGGUUUUAUGACUUUCUAAUGGAAUGAAAGGCCGUUCAAAUU